CCAGUAGACUGUUUGACUAGCAAACUGAAGAGAAACCACAAAUCCCCCGCUCCACCACCAUUAGCAUUCCACGGAGGAAACCAGCACGAGAAGCGGCAGCUCCGGAGCAUGGGAGAUGAGGUUGACGCUUUCUCGGAGGAGCUUCGACGGCGGCCAGAAGUAAGGAUCAUCAACAAGUAUGCCGUCCUUGCGGCGUACGUCAGAAUUACCCUGAAAUCCAUCGGGGCCUUGCUGCUUUUGUGGGCCACCGUGGUCCUACUCGGCGGCUUCGUCUCGUCGAUGAAGAAGGACGAUUUUUGGUCUGUGACCAUCAUAGCAUUCGUGCAGGCUGCCGGGGUAUUCGAAGCAAUCGGAUUUGCUGGCAUGGAUUUAUAUUUGGAUUGGUUUUUUUGUAAUGGACCGGACAUUAAAUAUUGGUUACAAAAGUGUCGGUGUGAACUUAACCAGUUGCCUAUGAGACAAUGGUCGAAGAAACAAAUACAAAAUGUCGUGUCAUUUCUAAUAUUUAUCACUCUGUCCGUGCGAUCUGACCUAGUGGCGGUCCUCGCUGUUAGUGCACCAUUGGUUUCCAUGAAACUGUCGAGUCGUGCAAUAAGGCAAGACCAUGGCAUCGCGGACGGGGAGGCAUUUAAAGCAAAUAUGAAGCGGGCGCUAAACUUAUUCUACGGCGCAGCAUUUGCUCACGGCGCCAUAUCCGCAUUGUGGAUGACGGCUCAAGCGGGGGCUAAUACGUGGAUCGAGGUUAUUGUCAGCGACCAACAUGGUUUCAGCCCCAAGGUAAUUCGUGCAUAUUUGCGCAAAACUAAAGACAUGUGUCUAAAGAACAAAACGUCUGCAACAAGCUGGAAUUUGAUCACAUAUGGUGCCGGCUUGCUGGAUUCCAGCUUACCAGAAGAAUAUGCGGCUGGAGGGAGGGUACUAACAAUGCUGAUUGAUAAGGAUGUACCAUUACAGGUAAGACGGCUGCUGAUCAGGUCACCCAGACAAAGAAUUCAGAAGCUGAUCGGCACCCUUGCUUGGAGAAGCCCAGCCGACCAAGAGAUGAUAUGGCUUGCAGCGAGAAUUGUGGAGCAUCUCGCUAGCGACCUCAACCUUGCUCACUUUCCAGGAGCAUUGGAAUGCAUAUCCUCCCUCCUCAACCACAAAAUUCUCCAUUUACCAUUUGUACCUGGGCAAAGGGAGGAUGGUGAAGGAAUUGAUAAGGAUCUUCUUUUGCCAGGCUUGAGAAUUCUAGAGAAUCUGGCGCAUGACACAACUAACUGCACACUGAUAUACAACUCCAAGGGCCUUCUUUCAAAAAUUGUUGCACCUGUCAGCUCCAACGAAUUUGUAGAAGAUAUCAAGAGCAGCGCUGCAUGGAACAAGGUAGCAGAUGGGUCACUGAAAGUGGUUAGCCGCCUCAUGGGUUCUUCAGGACGCACCGGCAAAAACAUGUGCAGACUAAUUGCAAACAAUCGUAAUGCAGUCAAAAACUUGGAGGUUGUUCUGGAAAUGGAUAUUAAGAGCAACAGUGGUAUCAUAGAGCUACAGAUGCGAGCUAUAGAGGUUCUUACACAACUAGCCUUGCAUCAUCCAGCAAGUGCUUCUUUUAUGAUGCGAAGAGAAAAACUUAUUGAGAGGGCGUUACACAUCUUCCUUGCUGCAGAUUGGAUGGAAGAUUAUUUGAAAGAUGAAAAAAAGAAGAUUGAGAAACCAACUCUAAGCCAAAAAAACACUUCGCCAAUACCGUCAAUGGGAAGAUGUAUUGAUAAUCUCAUUAAAAAGGUCAAAGAGAAGAGGGCCAAACAAGCAAGAGAAACGCGUGUGGAAAAGAAGAUGAAAGAAGUUCAGAAAACUGCAAGCCGUCUUAAAGAAAAGGCAGGUGAAGCAUUGGCCAUGCUGUCCAGUGAUUCAGAGGCUAUCAAGAGCUUCACAGGAUGCGAUGAUGAUAUCCAUCGUCUUACUGAAUUGCUCGACUGCAAUAUCAAGAGCAUCAAAUGCAAAAUAAGUACAGCUGAUACUGUGGAAAUAGAUAUCAACACGGAUUGUCGUAUUAGCGUAGGAGUCAUCUUGAAGAAUUUGAGCAACUACGUCAAGGCACCAACCUUACGGAAGGUAUUUGGAGAAUUGAUUCGAGUAGAACAAGACGAGCCUUUCACUUCAGGGAACCACAACAAGCAGUGUGGGGAUAGGAUUCUGCAAACGGAGCUGUUAUCACUCGUCGCAGCAAUUCGUGCAAACAACAAUCUUAAUCUUGCAGGAAUCUUACUUUCGCAGACGCCGCCGGAUACCCUGGAAGACUUUGUGAUGAGGCUGAAGAAGAUGGUGGAGGACAACAUGUAUGCCACCCCUGCAUGCCUGGCGAUACAAAAGCUUACUUGUGAGCUGGUUAUAGAAUUCAUCAAGCAUGAUCGAAAUGUCGAAAUGAUAGACAGACACAAUAUCAUUGCCACAUUACUGGAGGCUUCAGAGGUGAUGGACUGUGUUGAGAGCAACAUGCUUUUCGCUGGUGUUGAUCGUGACUGCUACGGGGUUCCUCUGAAGCCUCUUUCUUCUGUUCUUGCUAAAAAUGCUGAAGAUCUUUUGGCACAGAGGAAACAGGCUCUGGGUAUCACUAUCAACAUUGUGCCUGCCAGUGCACCAAUACCGUGAUUGCUGCAUCACAGAGUAUCUUUGCAUGUUAAAAAUACUGGAACGGGUGUUGAAUUCUCGAUGUGUUGUUUGCUUGUUGUUUUUUCUUCCUUUGUUUCCUUUGCGGAUUUGUAAUAAUAACUGGCGCAGUGGGCAUCCACAUUGUGCUUGCUGGUGUAUCAAUUCAGCUUGGAGUUGCCAACUAA